AUGUCUGCCACUCGACAAUACACCAAGGCUAUUAACGACUAUGUCGCGAAGUCGACGUUCGGGCGCGUCUUCCGCCUGCAAGGCUGUGGCCAUGAAAAGGAGAUUCCAGGCACGACGUUUCUCACGGAGCUGCGCGCCGGUGUGACCACCUUUGCAACCAUGGCGUACAUUAUCGCUGUCAAUGCAUCCAUCGUCUCUCAGUCUGGGGGCACUUGUGUCUGUCAGAGCGCAUCGGACCCGACGUGUCUCAAGGACACCGAGUAUGCGCGCUGCGUCCUCGACGUCCAAAGGGACCUGAUCACCACGACGGCCGCGAUCUCCGGCCUUGCCUCCUUUAUGUUUGGCUUCCUCACAAAUCUACCUGUGGCGCUUGCCCCCGGAAUGGGACUGAACGCCUACUUCACCUACCAAGUAGUAGGGUUCCACGGCACCGGGCCAGUCUCCUACCGACUCGCCUUGACGGCCGUAUUCAUCGAAGGGUUCAUCUUCGUAUUUCUCUCCCUGAUCGGCAUGCGUCAGUGGCUCGUGGCCGUCAUACCCUCGUCGCUCAAAAUUGCCAGCACAGCCGGCAUUGGCCUGUUCCUCACGCUGAUCGGCAUGUCCACGUCGGCGGGCCUUGGGGUCAUCACCGGCGCACAGAGCACCCCCCUCGACCUCGCGGGCUGCCCGGCCAAAUACCAGGACGAGUUUGGCGUCUGUCAGAGCCACAAGCUCCAGAACCCAACGGUCUGGAUUGGCAUCUUCUGCGGCGGCAUCAUCACCGCCCUCUUGAUUAUGUACAAGGUCAAGUCGGCGAUGAUCGUGGGCAUCGCGGUCGUGUCCAUCAUGUCGUGGCCCCGAUCCACGUCAUUCACCUACUUCCCCGACACGCCCGAGGGGAACGACCGGUUCGACUUCUUCAAGAAAGUCGUGCACUUCCACCCGAUCCAACACACGCUGGGCGCACAGGACUGGGACGUCGCGGGGGCGGGGCCCAAGUUCGCCCUCGCGCUCUUCACCUUCCUGUACGUCGACAUCCUCGACUGCACCGGCACCUUGUACUCGAUGGCGCGCUUCUCGGGCGUGGUCGACGAGAAGACGGGCGCCUUCCCGCGGUCCACGCUCGCGUACUGCACCGACGCCAUCUCCAUCUCGAUCGGCUCCCUGAUGGGCACGUCGCCCGUCACCGCGUUCAUCGAGUCCGGCGCCGGCAUCGCCGAGGGUGGUAGGACCGGUCUCACCGCCAUGACGACGGGCGUCUGUUUCUUCAUCGCCAUCUUCUUUUCCCCGAUCUUUGCGUCCAUCCCGCCGUGGGCCACGGGAUGUACUCUCGUGUUGGUCGGCUGGAUGAUGGCCCGCUCCAUCGUCGACAUCAACUGGAAAUACGCGGGCGAUGCGCUCCCGGCUUUCGUCACCCUGAUCUUCAUGCCCUUCUCCUAUUCGAUCGCAUACGGUCUCAUCGCCGGGAUUAUGACCUACGUGACGAUAAACAUCCUAACCUACAUGAUCAAACUGAUUUCGUUCGGCCGCAUCGUCCCGGCCGACGAGGACCUCAAGGAAUAUUGGACCUACAAACCUCGCACGGGCCGAGCUCCGUGGUUCAUGCGCGCCGUGCGCCACCGUCGGUUUUGGGACGCUGAGGCUCGAGACCCUGACGCCGCUCCAGGCUCGAGUCCGACAUUGUUGACGACCGAGGGCGGCGGCCCCGACCAGCGUGUGGUCUUUGACGCGUCGCUUCCGUCGCCGUCGCGACCGAUGUGGGAGGUGAACAAGACGCCGCGGGAUGUGGUGACGGAGGUGCGGAAUGGGAGGGCUGGAGAUUAG